UCCGGUCGCCCAUAUAUCGAUCCGCAUAGUUUACGAUCUCUAUAGCAACGGUGGUAUUUUCGUUGCGUCUCUUUUUGGAAUUUAUCAAUUUUCUCGUUAUAUUUCAUACUAAAAGACUGAUCUUAUUUGAGAGUGUUUGCUUAGGAAUACAUUAAUGCUCUUUAAAGUGUUUGUUCUUGGUCUUUGACUGUGUGGGAACUGCAAACUGAUGAUCAACGACCAGCAGCAGUGCAGCUAGCACGAUCCGGUCGACAGUCGACGCUAGCUGACGAUUCCGCUGGCCUGGCGGACUAGUCACGGUACACUGCAUGACCUUGCAUGACCACCCGCUUGGCAUAAAGCUGAGCAGCUGAGCAGAGUUAGAUCUGCUACACGGUGAUGGCCAGUUCUGGAUCAGUCAGGUAUCCAGGUGGAUAUCCAGACAGCAUGCGUAGGACAGCUCCUGCUGCUCAUUCUCGCAUACCUGUGGCGCAGGCUCAGAGAGCUGAUGCCAACCGUCAUGUGAGUGCUCCACAUCGUUCAAGGCUCCUUGCCAUGCAGGAUGCCUACCAGAAGAAGCUGAUCAAAGAAAAGGAAGAGAAAAUGUCAGCCAUGUACAACAGGCAGCAAGAUCAGGCUCUUCAGAAAGUGACCCGUCAUGGAAGUAAAGCUGGUACAGAUGGAGGGCAGGGUAUUGUGAGGGAUUUCUUCAGGGAGCGUAAACAAAUGGAACAAUCAAAACAUUCGGCUGAAAUCAUGCCUAGAGAUACACAUUUUCAAAAGAAACUUCUAGAGAGGAAAAGUGAUCUCUCAAGCACAUAUGAUGCAAGCUAUAUUCAAAAUAGACAAGCUCAGAAAAUUUCUGAUCUUCAGGAGCAAAAGCGGCAUGAAGAAAGGAAACAGCAGGAAAUGCUCAAUUAUAAGCAACAGAAUCAAAUGCAACAGCAACCGAAACCUGGCAAAGGUAUGAUGAGAUCAAACCCCCUUGCACCCAUUAAACGUGAUUCUGUAAAGACGAAGGCACAUGGCCCUCCAUCACCCAGCUAUGACCUCUACGAAACAUCGAGCAAUCUAGCAUAUGAUGAUGAAGAAGAUUAUCCAAUGAAACCACUAUCCAAGCCUCAGAAGGUCUCUCAUCGUUCAAAGCAAAGAAUCGAUCAUGAAACUCCUCCACCAAACAAGCUGAACACCACGCAUGAUCUGACACCACAGCCAGCUAAACAAUUGAAUCGCAAGAAGAUUGCUCCUCCUAUCUCAAAGAAUAAACCCCCAAUGAGAGCAAAGAAAGACAAGAAAAAUGAUUUUCAGAAAUGGCAGGAAGAACAGGACUUGGAGAGGCAGGAACGCUUAAACAGAUAUGGUGAGAAAAACAAAACUGAGAAUCUCUCUCAACCAAACAAUGAGUAUACUGUGGACUAUGACAGGGAGCUGGCAAAUGAAAUGGAUUCUGCCAAGACCAGGAGACAGAAUGAGUAUGAUGAUAUGAUGGCUAAGGAACAUGAGCUGGAAGCAAUGAUUGCCAAACACAAGCAAGAUCUUGCCAAAAUGUCAAUGGAUAAUGAUAGUGAUGACGAAAUGGACUCCUUCCCAGUUCAAAAGAACAGGCAACCUGUGAAAAAGCAGUCAAAACCACAGUCUAAACCCUCUCCUCGCUACAAGGAUACAGAUUCAUUUCAUUACCAUGAUGAUGAUGAUGAUUAUGAGAGCAGAGCAGGCGAGUUUAAAUCUAGACAGAGACAAGAGUCCAAACCAAAACCAAAGCCCAAACGCAAAGCACCACCACGGGACCCAGACCCUGAACCAUUCGCUCCACCACCUGCACCCGUUCGUCAUGAUACCACUCUAUAUGAUCAAGCUAUUGAUGAUGAAGGAGAAGCUAUGGAUCUGGAUCUAGUUGCUUGCCCAAUAUGUGGGAGAAGGUUUGCAGCUGACAGACUUUCAAAGCAUAAAUUAAUAUGUAAGAAUACAUCUCGGAAGAAAAGGAAGGUUUUUGACAGUACCAAGCAUCGGACUGAGGGCACAGAACAAGCUCAAUAUGUCAGGAGAGGCCAGCAUCUCAAAAAUGAUCCACCGGUGAAGCCGUCAAACUGGAAACGUAAGCAUCAAGAGUUUGUACGAUCGAUACGAGAUGCUCGUGAGACACAGGCAUACGUUGCUAAGGGGGGCAAGCUAUCUGAUCUCCCUCCACCUCCCCCGUCAGAGAACCCAGACUAUAAACAGUGCCCCUACUGUAAUCGGAAGUUCAAUCCAGCCACAGCUGAAAGGCAUAUUCCUCACUGCAAGAAUACCAAGAAUAGACCCAAGCCACCUCCCCGCAAGAAAUGAUAUGACACUGGGCAAGAGUAAAAGUAAGCUUUUUAGAUACAUUCAUGGGUCCAUCAUUCAUGAUGAAAAGCAAGCCAACCCUUCUCUGUGUCAAUCAUUCGCUAGCAUUUCUAAUCCUAGAGUCGGCCUAUUACAUGUAUUGAUAUAUCUCUUGAUUUUCUUUUAUAUCAUUUGAUUGUUUUUGUAUCAUUUUUCUUACUUUUCAUCAUCUGCUGUUUGAGAAUAUGAUGGUUUCAGCUUUUCAAAAUGAGGAAAAAAAUCAGAUUGUAAUCAUGCUUGGGUUGAAUCAGAACUCAUGCAAGUCUUCCCUUGCAUCUUGUAGAGCCACUGUAGAUGUGCAUACAUGUAAUCACCUUACACCCCCCCCCCUCCCCCAUUGCCAGCUCUGUGUAUUUGAUUAUUGCCUACAUGUUCAUGUGUACCUGUCAAAAGAUUAGGGCAAGCACGCACUACCUUUGCAAGAUUGGGUUACGCAUGACAUAAUCAAUCAUAUUGGAUAAACAAACAAAGAGAGAGACUGUACAUUAAUCUAAUUGGCAGCAAUCAAGAAAUGGCUGUCAAUUAGUGAUAGUGUGCUUUCGGUUGAGCCUGCUGAGAGUGCAGAUAUGAAGCACACCUUAAUGCCUACUAAAUGUACAUGUCGGCAGUUCCUUACAACAAGAUUUGUUCGCAAAUACAAUUUAUAGAAUUGCACAAUUUUCCAAGAGUAUGUCUUGAAAUGAAAUAUAAUUUUAUGACUAUAAAUUAAGGGAGCUGUUCCUCUCUGAAACCCUGUACUUGUAAUAAUAAUAUUCCUGUGAUUCAUAUCAUAUUUAUUACACUUUUUAUAUUUAAUUUAUAUUCCAAAAAUCUUAAUUUAAUAUAAGAAAUGGAAGGUUUCUUUGAAAUUCAUCAUUUAUGCUUUAUGCAGAAUGAUUUGAUAUGAAGAAAUAUUGACAUUUUGAAAAAUACAUGUAGAUGUUUCUUCUUGUGUCAUAUCCAGGUAGGAAUAGCUUUAAAUUGAUUUUAAUUGAGACAUUCCAAUCCUAAAACUAUCUUUUGUGCUUUUGAUAUUGCUUUGGAUUACUUCACUACAGUACAUGCCAAGUGGUAGUUGUUUUCUUAUUGUCUUAUUGUAAUGCUUUUUUUUUCCACCAAAGAAUAUUAUUUCUGUGUUAUAAGAUACAGAAAUGUGAGGCAUGUUACACUUAACAUCAUCAUUAAAAAACGCUGCAGUUUUGCUGAGUCAUAUCAGAAUAAGCCUUUAUAGCUCUCCAUUUUGGAAGAAGUUAUACUUCUACUUUUAGCCAAUUAAGUGUGACAACACAAAACACAAAAGGCCUCAUUAAAAGAAGAAGUUAAGAGGAUACAGUUAAGUGAAAGGGGAGUACUGCAAAUGGAAAAUGUAUUACAUGUAAAUAUGUUAAUAUACAUUGUAAUAUGACAAAAGCAAGGAUGGAUUCAUUCCAGGCUGAUUGCACUAUUGUUCAUGCAAUGAUUGGAUUGUGUGAGCUCAUCAUUAACCAACCAAUCAGUUGCUAUGCUACUCUGAUUAGUCUUGAUUGAUGAUGCCAUGCAAACAUCCCCCACACAGUGCUUUCCUUCCUCCAUUAAACCCUCUUAUCAUUAUUACCAACCAGUCACCCCAAGCACACUCCCUGGUUGUCAUAUCAACCAGUGUAAACAAUCAGUGCUAUGAUACACCUGCUCCAGUAAGUAGCUAUAUAUAAUCUUGAAAGAGGAGGAUUAUGAAAGACUUCUUGUGUCAUGCUUGUCUCCAAGGGAUUUAUGCCUACGCUGGUAGCUCAUGAUCUUUUCCAAUAUUAUUUUGUAUAUAUUCUGAAAGGUCCUGUACUUGACCUAAAUUUGUUUUAGUUUGGAUAAGUGUCUGCAUCUUUUUAUAUAUUUAUGAUUUAGUCAUUUGUUUUUUCAACAUUUAUAUCUUGCUAAUGGUUUUUUUUUUGGUGAUCUUUUUUAUACAUUUUUCUUUGUUUCAACAUACAAAUGUAUGUAUCUCUAAUAUAUUCAUUAUUUCGAACAAUAUUGAAUUGCUUAAAAGAAUAAGCAAAUAUCUGGUAUCAGUGAUGUGGUAAUGUUAUUGUAUACAUUGUUCAUAGAUUUAUGUGCAACAUUGUGUCCCCCAUGUGGUAUAUCUUGAGGAUCUAGAAGGGAGUAUCUUACUGGACCAAUACCUCCCUGUGAUUAUUUUAAGCAAAUCAUAUACUUUGUUGUUUAUUAGUACAGAAUAGAUAUUUAUUACAAAACAUGUGCUUUUACUGGUGUACAAAUAACAAUUUACAUUUUCAUUGUGAUAGAAAAAAUAGGGCAUGUAUAUUUCAACCAGUUCAAACUUGCUUCUAGAUUAUAAGAUGUUGUUGCUCUUUAUAAAUCGAAAUUAUUUUCUCUCUUGCUUUAAUCCCACACCAUCGGAUAUCCAUUUGCACUUGCUGUCUUUUGUCAAAUGAAUACAUGAAUAUACAGUGCAUUUGUAACUUGAGUUGCUUUUGUAUUGUUAACUCUCAAUGAGGCACUGCAGUAUCAAAUUCUUUACAAGUGAAACUUUAGUAAGUGGAGAAGACUCAAUGUCUACAAACAAGUAUGUUAGCCAGGAGAAUGAAAAUGCAUGCAGGAAUGGUAAUUUGUGUCUACCUUGACAGAAUAUGAAGGGCUUAUAAAUCAUUCUCUUUUCUAUUUUUUUAAAGAGGAAUUAGAAUUAUGUUGAAUACAAUUAGAAUUUAACGCAAGUGUGCUUUCAUAUGUAGAUUAUGUAACUAGUCUAGCUCACUUGUUAUCAUAUAUCACUAUAUAUUUCCAAAUAGAAUGUACAUGUCUUCCUGCAUAUGACAUCAUGUAAUUAGUUUGUUAGUGUGCAUUUUUUGAUGUUAGUCAAUAGAAAAGAUUUCAUAUUUUAUUAGUACAGUCUUACAUAUUCUAUGGCAUAUUAGGUCUAUCGUUAUCCAAUUAUUUUUCAUAUAUUUUCAAUGCAGUGCUAUCUGUGAGGUAAAGUAUUUUUUGUAUAUUUCCAUUCCCAGAAUAUGAUAUAUUGUAUACUAAACAAAUGUCAUAGCCAGUUUGUAUAAUUCCUGUGAUUCAGAGUAGGUGGGGGUUUUUCUACUUGAUUUUUCUUUAGACUUUACAUAUUGAUGGAGGCGAAUCAAUUUCUGUUCCGAUCAAAUUGUAAAAUCUACUCUUCGCACAGAGAAAUGAUUUGAAGGUGGAAACACAUAAUAGCUGUUUUCAUGAACAAUGCCAAAUUUAUUACAAGGUUUUCAGGUUUAAUAAUAUAUUGAAACAAACUCUGUAUUUAAGUUCAAUGCACUGUAUUGUGGAAUGCUGUGUAUGUUUCUGAAAUAUGCUGUAUCAUGUGAUAUAUUUUUAUACAGUCUUGCCAAUAGAGUGAUGUGAUGUGUGAGUUAUAUUGAAUAUAUUGCAGGCCAUUUAUCAGACCCUGA